ACUUCUCAUUCCAGAUGAUUCCACCGUUCAGAAAGAUCUUGACAUCAUUUCCUUUCCUUGCCAUGGUAAUACUACACUAUGGAAGUAAUUGGGGCUUGUAUUUUGUGAUGACUGCAGCUCCCAAGUUCGUUUCGAGUGCUUUGGGGUUCAAUUUGACCUCUACGGGAACAUUGGCGUCUUUACCUUACUUGGCCAGAAUGAUAUUCUCUGUUGUAUUCGGUGCUAUUGGCGACAGGAUCGUGAAGAAGAAUUUAGUAUCGACUACAUUUAUGAGAAAGUUUUUCUGUUUAUUCUCUCAUAUUCUACCUGGAGUACUUCUUAUUGGUUUGGGAUACACCGGCUGUGCACCCAUCCUCUCCGUGGCCCUCAUAACAUUCUCUAUGGGGUCUAAUGGAGCCGCUGCGCUGACCAAUCUGGUAAACCAUCAGGACCUGGCACCCAAUUACGCUGGUACUCUGUACGGAAUCGCCAAUGGUAUCGGGAACACAGCUGGCUUCGUCACCCCUUUAGUAACAGCUCAUUUCACAAAAAAUGGAAACGGGUUUGCAGAAUGGCGACCAGUGUUUAUGACAGGUGCUUCGCUUUACAUCUUGGCUGCUAUCUAUUUUCUGCUGUUCGGUACUGGUGAAACUCAGCCCUGGAACUACGUGACUCCUGCCGAAGACAGAGACAAGAGACCAAGUGCUAAUUCAAAUGAUACCACUGUCACUGUACAAAUAAAAAAUUAGAGAUUUUAUAGAGUUACUAGCUGACCCGACAGACGUUGUUCUGUACGUAAUAAAUAAAAUACUGUACGACGACGAAAACAGUGAAGCAUCACAACAAGCCGGUUAUCGUGUUAAUACAUAGCCCCACGCACACACUUACUCGAAUACAAGCCGAUCGACCACCAUUAUGAUAUUUGCCAUCGUCAGUGACAGAUCAGUUUGCGUCGCAAUAAAAAAAUUUAAAAUGCCGUCGUUUAUCGGCUUGUUUUGGAGCCUCACUGUUAUGUAAUGUGACACGGAGUCCUUAUUUGUUUUCUCGUCCGUGGAUUUAAAUAUAUAAAGAUGUGAGAGCUAGAUCUAUUGUGAAUUGAUAGCGAAAUAAGAUUAGGUAAUUAAUGUUAUGAAAGACGUACAAAAUAAACAAUUAUUAGUAUUGUAAUAAUAGUAUUAAGAUUUUAUAAAUUAUUAGAAUGAUAAGUAAAUAUUUAUAUUUUUUAUAAACAUUGACAUGUACAAGAUAUUUAAGAGAUAGCAAAUAAACUAAUGGCCGAAUCAAAGCGGUGCUUCCAAGAUCAACUUAGUACUUAUAAAAAAAAUCUCUUGUUACCUUAGAUCAAGGAUUGGUCUCCGCUGCGCUCGAACUAGAAACCGCAGACGUAGUCGCAAAGUGCGGCAAGUUAUACUACGCCCACUGGCGUACUCGAGCCAGUCUCGAACAAUGUGUGACGUUGACGUGCCACUUGUUCUGUUAAGUGUAACUAAUAAUUGAAAUUAAUAUGCCGGGUUGCGUUGUAAAAUUUUGUAAAAAUAACUUUACAAGAAAUAAGAAAGACACUGGGAUCACAUAUCAUCAGUAAGUAUUAUGUAUUUUAUUAAUUUCAAUAAUUUAAAAUAACACGAAGCAAAUGUUCAAUAUUUGAAAGAUGCAAUUGAGUGACAAGAUGCAACGCACACAAGCAACUAAUAGUUGCCGUAAUAAAAAAACAAUUGUUCUUGGUUAGUGCAGUAUCUAGUUAAAGCGCAGCGGAGAUUUAUCCUUAAUCUAAGCUUGUUACUAUAUCUUCUAUAAUAUAAUAUAAAGUUAGUAUUUAAGCAGAAACUAAGGGAUCAGAAUGUCACACUCGCUACACAAGAUUUAUAUAUGAGAUCUCACAGAAUAACAUGUAUAUAACUUAUAUGUAGUAAUUAUAGUUAUAUAUAAUCAUAGUUUUUGACAUCGUAACUUAGAAACUCAGAUAAUUAAUACGUCUAGAUGCUUUUGCUGUUAGACAACCGAUAAAAACAAGCCAGGAAUAUUAGUUUAGUGUGCGUGACAAGCUACGUCUUACACUCGCGAUUUGUAUGACACUUUUUAUUAGUGUGCGUAAAUUGCUCAGUAUAGAGGUUAGUUCUAAACUCAAUUUUUUCGACGUUUUCACAGCUGUCAUAGUCUAUCUAGACGUAUACAUGAUCUAAGCUUAGAAACUAUUAAUCUGAGUGAUGACUUACAAAUAAUGUAAUUAUUAAUAAUAAAUGUCUGUAUUUCUCUACAUAAGUCAUAAUGUAGAGAGAGACAGGUAUACAUAUAUAUAAUUUUCCAAUUAGGUAGACAGGACACUAUAGUAAGAUUAAAAUUAUGUGAUAUUUGUUUCGUAAAUCGAAAUAGUAACGUCAUGCGAUUAAAUUCCAUAACGCAUUUGCAAACGAAUAAAAAAGAUAAUAUUUAUUAUAUUUUAUAUGGUUUUCAUGAGCUGGACUUAAUUUCCCUCUUUCUACUCAAUUUCCCAUUUCAAUAACUUUUCUCCAUCCUUAUGUAUGUAUAGUUUAACAUCAUAAAACAUAACACAUUACGAAGAUACACACCUAUAUACAUGUCAAAGUAACUUGCUGAAAUCUACGAAUAUAUUUCAUUGCAAAUUGUUUAAGCUAUAUAUUUUGACGCACUAAAUUGCGUCAUCACACCUGACAAUUGCAAUUUUUUAUUUUGCAAUUUAUUUAUUAAAAGAUUAUUAAAUUACAAAAUAAGACUUACAAACUUACUUAAAUACAAGUCUUAAACCUGUGUUUCAGGCGUAAAGAGCUGAUAUUAAAACUAAAUAAUCACAAAAAAGAAAAACUUAAUAAAGUAAAAAGGCAUAAAUUAAUCUACAGGUUAAUUAUAUAAGUAAACAAUGUCUUCAAAGUAAUGACUAUUAACUAAUACAAAUUAACUAUAGAUAAUUUUUAACACUAUUAGUAAUCACAAAACACUGUUAGUAUCUUCAUAGGACAAAUUUUGAAGUCAUGAAGAGCCUUCUUACAAUUUAUAUAAUUUAGGGGAUAGAUGUUUGCGUUUGCUUUUAGUUUAUUGUAAAGAAACGGUCUUAGAAAUAUAAAAUUAAAAAUUUGAUGUAAAAACAAAAAAUUUUUUGAGGACAAACAGUUUCUUCGCGUCUCUUAUCAAUAAGUUCAGGCUGCAAAUUACGGGAAAAGUCGAGAUAAAUAAAUAAAGUUCAUUCUCUGCAAUAACUGAAUGACUCCGUGAUAUCACGGUUACGUGCGUUACACGUAAAACCCUUAGGUCGCUCUACUGAACUAUUAGGCAAUUGCUACCUUCUUAGAAUACCUAUAAUAUAAUGAAUUGUGUAUAUAUCUUAGAUUAAGGAUUGGUCUUCGCUGCGCUCCAACUAGUUAUCGCUCUAUCUAUGAACACUAGCUUUUUUAUUACGGCCACUAUGAGAUGCUUGUGUGCAUCUUUCAAAAUUUGUACGCUUCGUGUUAUUUUAAAUUGAAAUUAAUAAAAUACAAAAUACUGAUGGUAUGUGAUCCCAGUGUCUUUCUUAUAUAUUUUUACAACGUCCUACUACGCAACGCGGCAUUUUAGUUUCAAUUAUUAGCAAAGUUUAGCAGAACAUGUGACACGUCAACGUCACACAUUGGUCGAGAGUCGCUUGAGUACGCGCACUUGGGCGUAGUAUUAGUUGCCGCACUUUGUAACUACGCCUGCGGUAUCUAGUUGAAACGCAGCGGAGAUCAAUCCUUAAUCUACGUUAUACAUAUAUUAUAAUAAUACUGAUGACUAGACUUGUACUAAUAAUAAUUUUAAACAUUACAAAUUUUAUAAGAUUCGUUUUAUAUUAAUAUAUUUUAAAUAAGCUGGCAACAGUAAAUAGUAAUAGCACAAAGUAGGCAUGGAUUCUUACGUAUAAAGUAAUAUUAAGACCAACACGGUAAUACUUUUUGACUGUGAUGAUUUAUAAGAUGAAUGUGAAUUGAAUGUAUCAAAUAAAUAUUUAUAAUUAUCA